GGGGCGGGGCCAGGCGGUCCCGGAGGCUGCGGCAGGCCGGACAGCGGGAGCAGGUGGAGGACUGGCGGCGGUCGAGAUCGUGCUACCAUGGCUCAGCCUCUGGGUCCAGAGCCUCAGCUCCUACCUCUUCCCUCCUUGCCAGCCCCUGAUGCCUGCCAGACUUUUGCCUCUGCUGGAGCCCCUGCCUGACCAGCUUCCCCUCCCUGUCUGGUUGGGAUUUGGGGGCUGAGCUGUCUGGGGUCCCAGGGCCAACCAAUGCAGUGCCGGCUCCCGCGGGGCCUGGCUGGAGCCCUCCUCACCCUCCUGUGCAUGGGGCUCCUGUGUCUGCGGUACCACUUGAACCUGUCCCCGCAGCGGGUACAGGAGACCCCCGAGCUCCGCCAGCCGAACCCGGGGCCCCCUGAGCUACAGCUACACGAUGUCUUCAUUGCAGUGAAGACGACCCGGGCUUUCCACCGCUUGCGCCUGGAGCUGCUGCUUGACACGUGGGUUUCCAGGACCAGGGAACAGACAUUUGUCUUCACCGACAGCCCAGACAAAGGCCUCCAGGAGAGACUGGGGUCCCACCUUGUGGUCACCAACUGCUCCGCGGAACACAGCCACCCAGCUCUGUCCUGCAAGAUGGCUGCUGAGUUCGACACCUUCUUGGCCAGUGGGCUUAGGUGGUUCUGCCACGUGGACGAUGACAACUACGUGAACCCAAGGGCGCUGCUGCAGCUUCUGAGAGCCUUCCCGCUGGCCCACGACGUCUACGUGGGAAGGCCCAGCCUGAACCGGCCCAUCCAUGCCUCAGAGCCACAGCCCCACAACCGCACGAGGCUGGUACAGUUCUGGUUUGCCACUGGGGGUGCUGGCUUCUGCAUCAAUCGCAGACUGGCUUUGAAGAUGGCUCCGUGGGCCAGUGGCUCCCGUUUCAUGGACACAUCUGCUCUCAUCCGGCUGCCUGAUGACUGCACCAUGGGCUAUAUCAUUGAGUGCAAGCUGGGCGGCCGCCUGCAGCCCAGCCCCCUCUUUCACUCCCACCUGGAGACCCUGCAGCUGCUGAGGACUGCACAGCUCCCAGAACAGGUCACCCUCAGCUACGGUGUCUUUGAGGGGAAACUCAACGUCAUUAAGCUACAGGGCCCCUUCUCCCCGGAGGAGGACCCCUCCAGAUUUCGCUCCCUCCAUUGUCUGCUCUAUCCAGAUACACCCUGGUGUCCCCAGCUGGGUGCCCGAUGAAUCCUGAACUGCUGGGCAAAGCCUUUCUUGCUGUUAGGGGCUACCAUGGGACCAGCUCUGGCCAGAGGGAACUAAGCAAAUCCAAUAGAGAUGUUUCUGGGGAAGGUUUUGCAGCCCAUUCCCCAUCUUCCUGCUAUAAAUGUGGGUGUGAUGGCUGGAUCUGGGGCAGCCACCUUGCUACCAUGAAGGAAAGGCCAAGACAAUCAUCCACAGCUAUUCCCUCCAGCAUCUGGUUCUGUACGAAAAUUAAAUGCUUAUUUGUUUAA